AUGACUGAUAAAAUAGCCAUUGCUUCUGGUUCCAAGAUAGGAAUUGGAUAUGAUACUGUAAAGGAGCUUUGUAAACGUGGAAUCGUUGUUGUGUAUUUAACGGCGAGAGAUUUUCGAAAAGAAUUACAAGCAGUAUAUAAGUUAAAACAGGAAGGCCUAGAGCCUGAAUUCUACAAAUUCGAUGUAAGUGAUGCCCGCAGUGUUGAGGAAUAUGCUCUUUUUAUAAAAUAUAAGCAUGGCGGUUUAGAUACUAUUAUUACUGGUGCUUUACUCAAAUAUAAAGCAAGAGUUGUAAAUAUCUCAAUUGACUGUGAGCAUAUAUCUCAAUUAUGUAACCUUAAAUGGCAAUGUAUAUUAACAAACAUAGAUGUACAGAUUCAAGCUAUGUAUUCUUUUGUUAAAUGGUUCUAA